AUGGAACAUACGGAAGAAGGCACUACUGUGCGCUCCUUCUCAGGACCAACGUCUCCUACCCCACGUCUCGUGCCUCAUCACAAACUGUGGAGGAUACAGCUUCUCGCAUACGUCAUCCUUUUUUCCGUAAGCACCUGGGUCGGAGUGCAUUAUGAGCAACCUGGCGAUGUACGCUAUAGGGAUUCCAUUCAGGUCGCCGUUGCACAUCCUCGAAGACAAGGUUAUGGAAAACAAGAGAAAAUUUUCAUUGCAGCGAUGUUCUACAACAAUGAGCUAGUCAUUCCGUACUGGCACGACUCUCUUAUCAAAGUCAUACACUAUCUCGGUCCGGACAAUGUCUUCGUCUCUGUCGUUGAGAGUCACAGUACAGAUAGCUCCCCUAACCUCCUUGAAGCACUACAUGCAGACCUUGCCCUUUUGGGUGUCGCGCGGCGCGUACUCACGCGAGAUAUGGCAGUACCGAAGCCUAAUGACAUGGACGGAAACAAUCGCAUCGAAUUUUUGGCCGCCACGCGUAACCGCGUACUGGAGCCUCUACUUCUAGGAGGGUAUGAUAGGGUCAUAUUCUCGAAUGACAUAUUUAUCGAGCCCGAGAGCUUGAUAGAGUUAUUAGAGACGAACGGUGGGGAUUACGACAUGGCAUGUGGCUUGGAUAUGGGGCAUUUUGGUGCAUACGAUAUGUGGGUUCUUCGAGAUCGACAGGCUAAGCUUGCCAGUUCAAUCUGGCCGUAUUUCUUCGACGAAGCUGAUUAUCGUGCAAUGCAGACCGAGUCCCCUGUGCCCGUAUUCACCUGCUGGAAUGGCAUCGUUGCCUUCGCUGCGGAUCCUCUUCUUCCGAUAGCUUUGCGUUCUAACCGCACCCUUUCCACCGACCCUUUGCCGUACGAACUGCCGGCAACCCACCCAGCAGCACACGAUGCAUCAAUGCGUGGUCCAAGUCCUGCUCUGACACCCCCAAUACGCUUCCGUGCGUCUGUGCCAGGGGAAUGUUUUUCGUCAGAAAGCUUCUUACUCCCAUAUGAUAUGAGGCGACAGUUCAAUCUGCAACGUAUAUACCUUAACCCAAAGGUGAUCAACGGGUACGAAUGGAGGUUUUAUUUCUACUUCAAGUGGCUCAUGCGCCACCCCGUACUCCGGUGGUGGAUCGAAAAGGUGUACGAUGGUGUAUGGAUGGCAAGAGCUGUGCUUGUUGUCGGUGAUGCAGCUCAUGUUUCCUGGUGGGAUGGUGGGGACUGUCAUCCAUGGUAG